AUGAAUACAGCCUUUUUCAAAUUCCUCGUUCAUCAAGCUGCAUACUGUACUGUAAAGCGAUGUCUGACCAAGAAAGUGCGCAAGCAACGAUGGACGAGACUUGGAGUGCGCUCGACACGACGAACCAAGGUUUCUUGAGCAAAGAUGAGGCCAAGAAGUUCAUUGCAACCACGCUGCAAGAGCUGGGCAUCCCUGGAGACUUGACCGAGGAUGGUCUCGACUCGAUCUUGGACGAGCUCGACCACAACGGAAGCGACCGCUUCUCCAAGAGCCAACUGAUUGACUUUUUCAGCAACUUCAUGUACUUUUUCGCCGACCCAACUUCGUAACGGCGGCCGUUUCAAUAUAUAUAUCGUUUUGUAUGCAUUAUGCCGCCCCACGCCGCCGCCACCGUCGUCCACAUCGUUGACUUUGCCUUUGUGCCUUCAGCUAUCACGGUGCAAAGAGGGGCAUCCGUGACGUGGACGCAUGCUAAUUCACUGGCACGUCUGCACACUGUCAACAGCGAGGACGGUGCCGUCGAGUCGCCCGACUUAGUGUAUGGCCAGCAAUUCUCACAUACUUUCUCGACCCCGGGAACUUUUCGGUGUUACUGCCACGUGCAUUCGUUCAUGUCGACACUUGUCACAGUUGUGGACGCCCCCGACAAAACCGUGACGGACCAAGGUCGCGGUCAAAGCGAGGUACUUCAGACCAGUGACCUUCACCGUAUGUCGACGUACGAUGCAUUCGUGCAUGCCGCGUCACUCAACCAAACGUCGGUCGUGCAGCGAUGGAUUGACAAAGGGCACGACGUUGACCACCAUGACACGGACGGUUACCGAGCGUUGUGCGUGGCGGCGCAGAACCAGUGCAUGGACACCAUGGCGUUGUUAGUGGCGCACGGGGCCACCAUCCACCUCAAACAAACGGGGGGCCAAACGGCGCUGCAUACUGCUUGCACAUGGGGAAAGCCACAAGCGGUGGAAAUGCUGCUGCGGCUUGGCGCUCCAGUCGACCUCCAAGACGACAACGGUCAAGCUCCCCUCCACUGCGCGUGCCAACAUGGAGACCCGUUGCUGGUGAAGCUCCUACUGCAAGCCAAAGCCGACCCGUACAUCGCCGACGAACACCAUCGAAUUCCAAACGACAUUGCCCACGACUGGAAGCGCUUGGAUGCCCUGCGUGAACUGAACGAGUAUUGUGCGACGACGUACAAGCAGCACAUGCAACAGUUAUUUAACGUUGCACUGGAAGGACUACACCAAGCGAUUCCAAGCGGUGUCGAAAAGACCAUCUUUGACUUCUUAGCGUGAAGUUGGAGACGGUAAACUUGAACAAAGCGAGAACGCCGCUACAUGAAUGCCUUGUGAAAAUGGUGGUGGUUGUGUACCAUCGACCGAGUAUACUGUAGUAAAACAUAGUACAUGCUCAAGGUGUACUGAGACCAA